GGAUGCGAUGCCCAACAUUCAACAUUAUUUAGCUUUUAUUUUCGCACAUUUUGCAUAAAUUAAACUGCCAUGGCGCUGCUGUCGCCACACACACCACACACACACUAUCGCGUUGGUAGUCGAGUCGCCCGCCGGCCGCUUGGUUACCCGGGGUUCAGUUACCAAUUUUGUGUGCAGCUGUGCGGUUUGGAUGCGGCAUGGCAUGGACUCUAAGAGGCGAAAACAAAUAACGAUCAUCGAAUGGAAAUAGUUACAGCAAAGAAAACUCAAAAUCCCAGGCCCAUUAUCAUGUGUGCACAAUUAAGUGGAGGAGUGCUGGUGGUGGUACUGGUGCUAGUGGUGGCCUCGCCACCAGCCAGUGAAAGUGCCAAGCUGCCGACGCGCCAAUAUCCCGCUGGCGUGGACUUCUUCGAGCACGAGUUCACCAGCGUCGCAGCAGACGAAUACGAUCCGUAUGGGCCGGACAUUGGCAACGAUGACCUGGGCAUCGAUGACCCUGAAACGAUGCCCCGGCUGUUCCAGGGCGACAUAGCCAUCGAUCCGUACACCUACAUAACCCUGCGACUGGGCGUGAAUCCAAUGCGACACCCGAAGCGCCUGUGGCCCAACGGCACCAUCCCCUUCGAGAUCAGUCCGCGCUACGUGAACGAGGAGCGCGAGGCCAUUGUGCAGGCUCUGAAGACCUUCAAUUCGCUGACCUGCAUCCACUUUGUGCCCUACGACGGCGAGGUCGAGGACUAUCUGCUGAUCGAGCCGCCCGAGGAAGGACCAAAGGGUUGCUGGUCCUACGUGGGCAAGCGUGGCGGCGAGCAGGUCGUCUCGCUUCAGCGGCCGGACGAGACCAGCGCCCACUGCUUCAGCAGCGAGGGCCGGAUCAUGCACGAGCUGAUGCACGCCAUUGGCAUCUACCACGAGCAGUCGCGCGCGGAUCGCGACAACUUUGUGAAGAUCCACUGGGAGAACAUUGUGCCGCGGUUCCGGAAGAACUUCAAGCUGAUCUCGCGCAAGAAGGGCAAGUAUGCCUACGACUACGACUACAACUCGGUGAUGCACUACGGCGAGUUCUACUUCAGCAAGAAGAAGGGCCAGAAGCCCACCAUGACGCCACUGCAGCCGGGCGUCCGCAUUGGCCAGCGCAAGACGAUCAGCAAGAUCGACUGCCUCAAGAUCAACGAGCUGUACGGCUGCCUCCAGGGGCGUCGUGCCAAAAUGUACCGAGGCUUCUGCCACCUGCUGGGACUGUAGAGUCGUUUCACAGCGCCGCUUCCCCUCCUUUAUCUGAAUCACAUUGAUUUGUUAAUUUUAUUUGAUAAUUCGUAGACUAUAAUAAAUUAUCGCCCUGAAAAUCGAAAU